AUGCCCCUCAGGCUGGUAAUUUACCUAUUGGAGGAUGAGGUCAGACUGCCUGUGGGGCAGGUGAGGAGAGAGCUGUUGUUCAGGUAAGGUGUAGCGGACAGUGUCUGUCAAUGCCCCCACUUGCUUGCAGCUUCUUGAUGUCUCUGAAGAGAUGAAGGACCACCUUUUUUUUAGGCCUGUCGGUCUUCCUGUCUUUUAAGUGUCUUCAUGAUGUUCUUUAUUGUCACUUCAUUGUUUUUGGUAGUUCAGCCCUUGACUGAUGUGGCUGGGCUGCUCUCUGCUAUAGUGGCACUGGCAGAGCUCAUGCAUCUCGGUUGAGAGAAUUUGAGCUGCAUGUCUUGCAUGCCAUUCACAAGACUGCAUCUUUCUCCUCACAAAGACCCCAUUGUUUGCAAUGCUGAGUUUUUUUUAUUUUUAAGUUUUUUUAAAGCUUGUUUUCGAAACUCAGCCUGUGUUUUGAGCAAAACAUUCUCACAUUUUUAGUUGUUUGAAACCAGACUGAAGUUGUGAUUCAAUGCACCAAUAGGUUUUUCCUCAAUGUUCUUUCAAUGAUUUUGUUACUUUUCCAUUCUCUCUGAUUUGUUUAAAUACGUAAAACAAGGCAGUUCCACGCGGAAGCCAAGAAUCUGGUGGGGUUCUACAAAUGGCAUUGUACAGUACAUCCCCUUUUUUAUGUGAGUAGCCUAGCAACCCACUUCACAUCAAGUCAGACAGCCAUAAAUGCAUAGGCAGAGUGAUCGUUCUUUUAGAGGUAUUCCCUCUGUGAAAGAUGUCUCCAUGUCACCAGUCAAGGACAAAGUUACCUUUUAGAGUUCCCUGGAGGACCCACUCACUGUUUGAAAACAAGUCCUCCAUGUCUGUAGAUUAAUGUACAGUUCCAUUCUAGUGAUCUGAGAGGAGGGGGGUCAUCCAUGCCCUCACUAUUCUAUAUCCGUUUACACAGACAGCACUGUAGCCCCUAGGUCUUAUUCCCUCACAAGUGCAUGGGAUAUGAAACAGAUGAAGCUGUCACUGUCCUUUUGUGGGGGGCAGUAGUUCUGUUUUGAGCUGGUCUCUGCUCUGUCCUCAUCAGGAAUGGGAAGAAUAAAGGAAGACAUCCCCUUGUCUUUGUGCUUGUCAGAAGCAUUGUGGUAGCCUGUCUUUUUAUGGACUCCAACUGGGAUCUCCUUUUUAAGCCCUCAGAAUAGUUCCGUCAGAAUGGCUAAUUCAGUCUGAUAGCGGGGGUGUUUACUCACAGUAGGGGGUAGAGAGGGAAGGGUAAGGAGGAGAUGGGUGUGUGGGCGUCUGGCUGGCUCAGGGGACUGAACAAGGCCUCAGGGCUACAGUGAAAUGGGGCUAAUGAGCUGUCUCUGUCAGUCCGUCAGCAUGGCCAUCCUGUCCUUUCCUUUUCCUGGGCUUCUGUAUAAGGGUGUCUGUAUCCCCAAAGUGACUGCUAGUCGAUUCGGUAGCAGAAUCGUAAAAAAGCAGUAACUUUCCUUCUCUGGGCUCCUCCCCGUUCCCGGUGUCAUCACUAAAUAAAUAAAUAAAUAAAUAAUUGGUCAUUUAGCAGACGCUCUUAUCCAGAGCGACUUACAGGAGCAAUUAGGGUUAAGUGCCUUGCUCAAGGGCACAUCGACAGAUUUUUCACUACACUGGUUGUCUGAUUGUUCAAUUGACUGAGGAAACAGUCUCCAUGAUGCAAUGUAUACUCUUUUGGGUGAAUCUAUUUACUGUUAAAUAUUAGUAUCUUCAUUCUCUACCUGAUCGAUGAGCAGUCCCAUAGUUCAGUGGGACCAGUUAAAUUACAUAGUCACACAGACAGUUACAUUACAAUUUGUUAAUCUUGUCAGUGUAGAUUUGGCCAUCAUAUGCUGGAGAAGAUCUUAGGCCUACUCGGUACAAACAAAUACGAUUUUGGCAUUACUUGCUGUUCAGGUAAAUGUAAGUUUAAAUUGGAUGUAACAUUCCGGCCAUGUGUUUUCCAUGCUUACAGAGAACUGACCUGGCCCACGCCGAUUAUCUGCUAAACAUGAAAACAGCCAUUUUGGAGCGUAAAAAAUCAAGUUCAGAAUUAAUGUUUUUGAGGGGGAGAAAUGCUCCUGUCAAUGCAUUAAAUGCUUUAUGAUUUAAUCUACAUUCCUUUGACAGAAUAAGACUUCACUCCUACCAUAACCCCCACCCCCCCCAUCGCUGGAAACAAUUCCUUGAGCUGUCAUCAUUGAAUACCGAACUGUCAGUGUAGUUCUCAAAGGAUCUCUCAGACACAUAAUCUGGAAAAAAACACAAUUCCUAGAAUUCCUGGCAUUGGCAUAGCAUUCCGAAUGUGGAAGCUCAGAUGUUCCGCUGCCAGUCAUCAGUCUGCAAAUGUAUUGUUGGGUUUCUAUGUGACUUUAAUGUGAUAUUUAGUCACUACAGGCUCACUGUGUGCUUUUCCAAAUUCAGUUUGCGAAAUCUCAUGCAUCAUCUUGCUUUUUACAUGGGUUGUUAAUCAGAUGCAUAGUUUGCCAGAUUGGCAUACCACCUCCUUGCUUGACUUCUUUGGCAGCGACUCCGGACAAUUUAUAUUAGCAUGCGCUGUGCAGUAGAAUUUAGGAAAUUAAAAUGCACGUGGAAAGAUGCUUCAAAGACUUGCUAAAAAUGUAUAAUUCCAAAUUUAGAACGCAAACCCAGCAAAUUAGAUUAAAUCCAAUCCAAGCUGCUCCUAAUCACAGUUACCCAGCUGCAUACUAUGUAGCAAGACAGUCAAGCGAUUUGACACUGUGUGGGAAAACUGCCGUUGGAUAUUUGAUGUACAGCAGUGACCUGGGACGGGAGUGACUAAUUGGUUAGCGUAAUCUGAGAAACCCCCCUCUCGAUCUGCUCCAUAUUACAGAUGUCUCCUGUCCUAAUUCUGACUGUGUGGGUUCUGGGCUGGGUAUGAAUGGAGGCCAGAGCACCAAGCAGGGAGAGAGCGGGACCACGGGCAGUGCAGCUGAAAUGAUGACACGAGCGUAGUAAUUUAUGGAUGUCCCGAGGUGCCGGCUCACACAGAGUACAGUGAAAUGGUGUCAGGGAGAAAGUUUGCUUUCCCUGGGUCAUUCUAACAUUUACAGUAUAAAAUCUUGGUCUGGAACUAAACACAUUUUAGUUAUCUGAGCUAAACAAAUGUUAGUUGAUUAUAAGAAAUACAGUGCAGAGCUGAGAUGUGUGAUUUCUUACAGUUCUUUAUUUGGCCUAAUUUGCAUAUUUUUGACCAGGUUUUUACUAUUGUGUUUUUGCAGGAUCUCCGUACUAUGACAAUGUGCGACCUCUCUCCUACCCAGACUCUGAUGCAGUCCUCAUCUGCUUUGACAUCAGCAGACCAGACACCCUGGACAGUGUACUGAAGAAGGUGAGUUUCGUAUACAGUAUGUCCUCUAAGAUGUAAGCUUCCUCUGAUUUGCCCCUGAAUUGUUAAGUGACCUGUCCCACUAUCAUUUUCACUCUGCCCCCUUGACCCUCUCGGAAAAGGCUUGUGUUACUGGGUGAAGUGGCUUUUGAAAAACCGCACUGAUGAAAAUUACUGCACCGGGCUGUACCAAUGAGAGGAGAUUAGAACUAGGGCCAUACCAAUGCAAGAGAGGACACCUAAGGUCGUACUAUUGAGAAAGGAGACUGGGAGAAAUGUGAAAACACUCGCAUGAGGCUGAGAAGUAGUCCAAAAGGCCUUGUUCACAUGUGGUAUCUCAGGCAUGGCUACUCUGGGUCUCGGUGCCCUUUGACCUGUGAUGACACUAGGGCUCGGUAUUGUGCCAGCUGAGAGGAGUUUGGUCCAGUGAGAGGGGGAGUUAUCCUUCCUCUGGAGAGAACAUAAUCACCAGACUGUGCCCCAGUCUCUGGACCACACACACAUUGAUCAGACUGGGCAUUGUUGCGAGGGGAAAUGAGAGCAGGAGACCAGUAAUUCAAGGCACCGAAUAAGCCUGGGAAAGUGGAAGAGGAUGUUUUCCAUUACUUAAAUUGUGCGAUACAGAGCUGGCGCUGUCAGUGACUGUUUUCACAGAUGACCGCAUUAUAUGAAGAUAACAAGUGGGUGUGUGGGUGGUUGACUCUUUGGGAAAGCUCCAGUGUCCAUCAAUGCAGCACUUUAUGCACUUGUCUAACUAUUUUAGGCCCAAAUCUUAACUUGAGAUCUGGGUGCAUAACUCACAAUGUGACAUUGCGAAAGUCAAUGGUUAUGCAUGCAAAUCUCAUGUUAGGAUGUCUGACACUGAAUAUUAGCCAACCCUGUAAAAGCACACCUGUUUACUAGAAGUGUUGCUGAUUUCUUUCUUAAUUUUUUCCCCCCAUAGUGGCGAGGAGAGAUCCAGGAGUUUUGUCCCAACACAAAGAUUCUGCUGGUGGGAUGCAAGUCAGACCUCCGCACAGACCUCACCACACUGGUGGAACUAUCCAAUCACAGACAGACACCCGUGUCAUACGAUCAGGUAGGCGCUACAUGCAUUUUGCUCAUACUUUGACACUCACUAUGAUGAUGACGAUGUGGACAUGUUAUUUGAAUUAUUAUUGGGCUAGUACUAUAUGCCUUAAUGUGGUAUUAUGAAAUGUGAUACCUGAAUACCAGCUAUGAAUAACGAUAAAAGACAGAUCUCCAGACUGAUCUCGUGGCGUUAUUCUCUCUCAGGGCUCCAACAUGGCCAAGCAGAUCAGUGCUCCCUACAUCGAGUGUUCGUCCCUGCAGUCUGAAAACAGCGUCAGAGACAUCUUUCACGUGGCCACGCUGGCCUGCGUCAACAAGAGCAACAAGAACAUAAAACGCAACAAGUCCUCCAGGAGCACCAAGAGGAUCUCGCACGUGCCCAGUAGGCCCGAACUCACCGCUGUCACGUCAGACCUGCGCAAAGACAAGGCCAAGAGCUGUACAAUA